ACCAACUCACACUUCAUUUUAUUCAUUCCCCAACUCCAUCAUUUCUCACAUACCAAAAAUAAUCACUACCACUACUUCUUAUAUUACUUAUAAAACCUCUGCUACAUACUCUUCAUUAAUGGCUUGCUUUAAUAUGUCCAAGGAGGUGGAUCAUGAAUUGAAGAAAGAAGAAGAAGGUGGUGAAGUGUUCACUCUUGAUGGUACGGUUGAUUGGCAUGAUCGCCCUGCAAUCAGAACAAAAUCCGGUGGUUGGGUUGCCGGAACUAUCAUACUAUUGAAUCAAGGCCUUGUGACACUGGCAUUCUUUGGAGUUGGGGUGAAUUUGGUGCUGUUUCUGACUAGGGUUUUGCAACAAGACAAUGCCAGUGCUGCUAACAAUGUGAGCAAAUGGACUGGAACUGUAUACAUUUUCUCACUCUUUGGUGCUUUCCUCAGUGAUUCCUAUUGGGGAAGAUUCAAGACUUGUGCAAUCUUUCAAGGAAUCUUUGUUGUAGGUUUGGUAUCACUAUCUUUGUCAACAAACCUAUUCUUGCUCAGACCUAAAGGGUGUGGAAAUGAAGAAACUCCAUGUGGAAAACAUUCAAGCAUUGAUAUGGCCUUGUUUUACCUUGCAAUAUAUCUUGUUGCCCUUGGAUAUGGUGGGUACCAACCCAAUAUUUGUACAUUUGGGGCUGAUCAGUAUGAUGAAGAGGACCACAGGGAAGGACAGUCUAAGGUGGCGUUUUUCAGCUACUUCUACCUGGCUUUGAACCUUGGCUCACUCUUCUCGAACACCAUUUUGGGUUACUUUGAGGAUGAAGGGAUUUGGGCAAUUGGGUUCUGGGCAUCUGCAGCUUCUGCUUUUGCAGCAUUGAUGUUGUUCCUUUUAGGAACUUUGAGGUACCGUCACUUUAGGCCGAGCGGUAACCCUCUCUCGAGGUUUUGUCAAGUCAUCUCUGCUGCAUCAAAGAAGUGGAGUGUGAGGAUGCCACCAAGUGGUGAAGAUUUGUAUGAAGAAAAUGUUAAGGAUUCUUCUAAUUGUAACAGAAAGAUACUCCACACUCAUGGUUUCAAGUUCUUGGACAGAGCAGCAUAUGUCUCAUCCAGAGAUUUAGACACCCAACAAACUAUCAACAAAAACCCAUGGCGUCUUUGUCCUAUUUCGCAAGUAGAAGAAGUUAAAUGCAUUCUGAGACUGCUCCCAAUUUGGCUAUGCACCAUAAUCUACUCGGUGGUCUUCACACAAAUGGCUUCUCUCUUUGUGGAGCAAGGUGCUGCAAUGAAAACUACAAUUUCCAACUUCAGAAUCCCACCAGCGAGCAUGUCUAGCUUCGACAUCCUCAGUGUGGCAGUUUUCAUCUUCCUCAAUCGGAGAAUCCUUGACCCUUUGGUGGGGAGACUAAAAUCAAGUUCGAAGGGCCUUACAGAGCUCCAAAGAAUGGGAAUUGGUCUUGUGAUAGCAGUAUUGGCAAUGGUUUCGGCUGGGAUUGUUGAAUGCUACAGACUCAAGUAUGCAGACAAGGAGUGUGCUCACUGCGAAGGGUCGAGCUCCCUAAGUAUUUUUUGGCAAGUUCCUCAGUAUGCAUUCAUAGGAGCUUCUGAAGUGUUCAUGUAUGUCGGCCAACUUGAGUUCUUUAAUGCUCAGGCACCGGACGGAUUGAAGAGCUUUGGAAGUGCGUUGUGCAUGACAUCUAUAUCUCUAGGAAACUAUGUCAGCAGCUUGCUUGUGAGUAUGGUUAUGAAGAUCUCGACCGAGGAUCACAUGCCUGGAUGGAUCCCUGGAAAUCUCAACAAGGGUCACCUAGACAGGUUUUUCUUCCUGCUAGCAGGUUUGACAUCCUUAGACUUGUUUGUCUAUAUUGCUUGUGCCAAGUGGUACAAGUGUAUCAAAUUAGAAGGAAAAUAUGACGAAAAUGACAACUAUGACAACAAAGAAGACAAGGAGUCUGAGAACAUCAAACUCUAAAGCAAAGGAAGACCAUAACAGACAUGUUAAGGCCUAUGGUAGCAAAAUAACCUUAUAAAUUAAAUAAGAGAAAAGGGGUAUGCACAAACACAAGGGGCAUAGCUUAGCUUCGUGUUUCGAAUAGUUGUGAAAAGGAAAAGAAGACUGAUAAAGCCCCCCCUUCUUGUGCUGUAAACUUCUCAGUUUCUACAUAGCCUGACAGACAUUUUUUGUUCACAGUGAGCUGAGUAGAGUUUGUAAGUGUGUUGUUUUAAGAGAUGGGCAACUUUUGGCUUAAGUCUGAUUUGCUACCUCAUCUUCUCAAUUGUUCAUUGUGCUAGCCGUAGGAUUAACAUGUGCUUCAUUGCACAUAUCUAUGUAUGAAAUUUGCUCUGUUUAACGUUUAUAAAGGUGACCCUUUCAUCAAA